AUUUUAAUUAAAAUAUUUAUAAAUUUAAUGUAACAAACAUUCCUAUUAUUUUUUUCUUUAAUCAAUAAUAAGCCAAAAUAGAGCCCACUUUUUCCCUCCAAUUACUCUCUUCAGUUUUUUUGCUUUUUUAAGUAAAGGUUGGCACUUGGGAACUUCUCCACUAGAAUUUUACUUGUAUUUAUAUCAAUCAGUUUGUUACUUAAUCUUCUUGAAUAUAAAGAAACAACUCUUUUACAUUAUUUGCACCUUUUAAUAUAGAAGGAAGAGGAAGAGGAAGAGGAAGAGGAAGAGGAAGAGGAAGCUUUUAUCCGUUGAAAGCCAUGGCAGAAGAAGAUGGGUUAUGCUUUCCAUCAAAGAGUAAAAUUCCCCUUUUUAUCUUCUUCAGAAAUGCCAGGAUGGUUUUGAAGAUGGAUGAACUUGGAUUGGAAAUAGCACAGAUUGCAUUUCCAGCUGCACUUGCUUUAACAGCUGAUCCAAUUGCUUCUUUGGUUGAUACAGCUUUCAUUGGUCAAAUAGGGUCUAAUGAACUUGCUGCUGUUGGAGUUUCCAUAGCUCUUUUCAAUCAAGUAUCACGAAUCGCAAUCUUCCCUCUUGUUAGUGUCACAACUUCUUUUGUAGCCGAGGAAGAUGCUGUGGCGGAACUGAAUUCCGAGGAACAAGAAUUAGGAAGCUUGGAAUCCAAUCCUAUAUGUACAAACGAAGCCAAAGAGCUACUACCUCAAUCAGGUUUAGAUUCAAAGGUGAUUAGUGUGAAAUCUGAAACGGGUAGCUUAAGCAUGGAAGGUUGCAAGCCUCAAAGGCGACACAUUCCAUCCGCUUCCUCAGCUUUGGUUAUUGGUGCUAUUCUUGGCUUACUUCAGGCGAUUUUCCUCAUUUCUCUUGCAAAGCCUUUACUGAAUUACAUGGGUGUCAAACCUGAUUCACCUAUGCUGCCCCCGGCUUUAAGGUACUUGACUUUGAGAUCAUUCGGUGCUCCUUCAGUUCUUGUUUCAUUAGCUAUGCAGGGGAUUUUCCGCGGUUUCAAGGACACCAAGACUCCUCUAUAUGCCACUGUUGCAGGGGAUGUAACAAACAUAAUUCUUGACCCGAUUUUUAUGUUUGUUUUUCGGUGGGGAGUCAGUGGUGCAGCGAUUGCCCAUGUUAUAUCACAGUACGUAAUUUCAGUCAUCUUGUUUAGAAGACUAAUUCAAGUAGUCGAUCUCUUACCCCCGAGUAUCAAAAACCUCAAAUUCAGCCGGUUCCUCAAAAAUGGUUUUCUUCUAUUAAUGAGGGUUAUAGCUGUGACAUUUUGUGUGACCUUAGCUGCAUCUCUGGCUGCGCGGCUAGGAUCCACAGCAAUGGCGGCUUUUCAGAUCUGCUUGCAAGUUUGGUUGGCGACAUCUCUUCUUGCUGACGGACUCGCUGUUGCUGGCCAGGCAAUACUUGCAAAUGCAUUCGCAAAGAACGAUUUCGAGAGAGCUACAUCAACUGCCUCGAGAGUAUUACAGCUAGGAUUUGUUCUAGGACUAAUACUAUGUUUCAUGCUCGGGUUUGGAUUAAAGUUUGCAGCACGAUUGUUUACCAACGAUCUCAACGUCUUGAAACUAAUAACUAUAGGCAUUCCAUUUGUCGCUCUUACUCAACCCAUCAACGCCUUAGCCUUUGUUUUCGAUGGCAUUAACUUCGGAGCAUCUGAUUUCGCAUAUUCGGCUAAUUCAAUGGUUAUGGUAGCUGCUGUAAGCAUAUUAUGCUUGAUGUUCCUUUCUUCGCAUUAUGGUUUUAUCGGUAUCUGGAUGGCUCUAACGAUAUACAUGAGCCUACGAGCAUUCGCUGGCUUUUGGCGAAUCGGAACAGGUACCGGACCUUGGCGCUUCCUUAGGAGUUGAAUUAUUGUAGAUUGAUACAUUUAGCCCACUUUGUAUACAAAUAUAGCCCAAGAUUGGAAGGUUUGGAAUUCUAUAGAAGUUUUUCAUGGUAUUAACUUGUAAAGAAUCAUAACUCAUAAUAGACCCCAUUUUCGAAAUUACGAGUGUACUCGUGCUAUGUUAAUUUGGGGUUUUGUAUAUUCGUAAAAUACACCUACGUAUACAAAAGUUAUUUGUAAUAUUUUCGAGAUUUCUCGAAAAGGAAAAUCCAUAAGAAUAUUGUCAACAUUUUUUAUCCUAUUUUUUUGGGUUGACAUAUUGAUUGAA